CCAGCUGGCCGAGGAGGCACCUCAGCACCAAGGGCAGGCCGAUCACACUGGCUCCUCCGGCCGCAGCGGCGGGCGCAAACUCUCGGUCCGGCUCAUCGUGAGAUCACCGGCUUAUUAUUUGUGCAUCGUCCAGCUUGGACAAUGCCAUACUGAGGAAGAAAUGGAGAGAGAGAUAACUGAUUGUGACUCAAACGACACUUUCAACAUGUCGAGCACUCAGAUAGAUAAUGGCUCUGCAGAAGCCAAGAAAGCAGACCAAAGAAUGAAUGAGAAGAAAUGCUCGUGGGCCUCCUAUAUGACAAAUUCUCCAACAGUAAUCGUGAUGAUCGGCCUGCCUGCGAGAGGGAAGACCUACAUGUCAAAGAAACUCACGCGUUACCUCAACUGGAUCGGAGUCCCAACCAAAGUGUUUAACUUGGGCGUGUACCGCAGAGAGGCUGUCAGAGCUUAUAAAUCCUAUGAUUUCUUUCGCCACGACAAUGAGGACGCCAUGAGAAUCAGGAAGCAGUGUGCUCUGGUAGCUCUGCAGGAUGUGAAGGCGUACCUGUCUGUGGAGGGAGGGCAGAUCGCGGUGUUCGAUGCAACAAACACAACAAGAGAAAGGCGAGACCUCAUUCUAGCUUUUGUGAAGGAGAAUGCAUUUAAGGUGUUCUUUGUGGAGUCGGUGUGCGACGACCCGGACGUCAUUGCUGCUAAUAUCCUGGAAGUGAAAGUGUCCAGUCCCGACUACCCCGAGAGACACCGAGAGAGAGUGAUGGACGAUUUCCUUAAACGAAUCGAGUGCUACAAGGUUACUUACCAACCAUUAGAUCCCGAUGAUUACGACAAGGACUUAUCUUUCAUCAAGGUGAUAAACGUGGGCCGGCGUUUUCUGGUGAACCGGGUGCAGGACUACAUCCAGAGUAAGAUUGUCUACUACCUCAUGAACAUCCACGUGCACUCUCACUCCAUCUACCUGUGUCGGCACGGAGAGAGCGACCACAACGUAGAAGGUCGCAUCGGAGGAGACUCCGAGCUUUCUCCUCGAGGGAAACAGUUUGCCCAUGAGCUGCGAGAUUUCAUUGAGGAGCACCAACUGUCAGAUUUGAAGGUGUGGACGAGCCAACUGAGAAGAACCAUCCAGACGGCGGAGGAGCUCGGUGUCCCUUAUGAACAGUGGAAAAUACUCAACGAGAUUGACGCUGGUGUGUGUGAGGAGAUGACUUAUGAGAUGAUCGAGAACACAUUCCCAGAGGAGUUCGCUUUGAGGGACCAGGACAAGUACCACUAUCGCUACCCAGGAGGAGAGUCCUACCAAGACCUCGUUCAACGUUUGGAGCCGGUUAUCAUGGAGUUGGAGAGACAGGGCAACGUGUUGGCCAUCUGCCACCAGGCUGUGAUGCGCUGUCUGCUAGCUUACUUCCUGGACAAGAGUGCAGAAGAUCUACCAUACAUGAAGUGUCCGCUCCACACAAUACUCAAGCUGACCCCUGUUGCAUAUGGUUGUAAAGUGGAAAUGUUUUAUCUUAACGUGGAGGCAGUAAACACCCAUCGAGACCGGCCUCUUGAUAAAAACCCGAGGAACUCUGCUCUCAUACAUCGGCGGAAUAGUUACACUCCCUUGGCCAGUCACGACCAGGUCAAGCGUCCCAGGCUCUACAGCGCGGGCAACCAGCCCUGGCUACCGCUCGCCCCCACCCCAGCAGCUCUGAUGCCAGAGGGACGGCAAAGCCAAGAGUCCCUGUGCGAAGGAGACAACUUUGACAGCCCCGAAGAAACUAGUGGCUGUGUCCGCUUCUGAGGGAAGAUGAAAGCCUCUUUCUUCAACGCACAACGUGGAGAAAGGUUCAGUCAGGAAUCAAAAGAUUUUAUUUUUAAUUUUUUUUAACCACAUUCUUGCAAACGAUCAGAUUAUCUGUUUAACUUUACUCUGCAUGCUGAAGCUUUGAACUGGAAUCCUUAUCAUUAGUAUCAUAAACACUUCUGCAUGUGCACAACAAUCAAUAAAGAACAGGCAGCUUAUCCACAUUGUAAAUACUACAAUGCCUUACUGCACUUUAAGUAUAUUGUUAGAAUUAGCUCCUCUGUAUGAAUGUAUGAAUAAAUGUAUGCUUAUGUUGAACACCAUUUUUCACUAUUACAAAUAGAUCAUGUUAUAAAGUAGAUGCUGUAAGAAUAUUUUUAUAAUACAAAUAUUAUCCUGCAAUAAAAAGCUGUAGUUGUGAGUCUUAUGAAAUGUGUUCUUAGCCAUCAUCUGUUAUUGUUUUGGUUUAGAUUUGAGAGAAUAUACUUGUCGGGUUCUGCAGGAAAUUCAAAUACUGUAUUGAGUUUUCUUUCUUCUGAAUGUUCUUUGUCUUGUUAGAUAAAUGGACAUCCUGUGUACUAGCAGCAGAUAAAGAAGCUUACUUUUCUGUCUGUUUGUAUUACGCUGGUGUGUCACAAUGUACACUAAAUCUGUUAAUCAAAAAACAUAACGUGGUAUAUUAUGUCUUGACAUUAUGUUCAUGUUGUCAUACUGGCGGAACCUGUGUUUUAAUUGCUUGAUGCAAAUGUACUUUACUCUUUAUAUUGUCAUUACGAUUCAAAACAUAAAAUCCUUUCAUUAUACUUAAUAAUAGACAGUAGCACAAGUUUCCUUCUAGGACUUUGUAAUGUUUGAUUGUUUAUAAGUUUUUGCUCAAAGCAGCCUACUGUGCCUUUUUAAGCAGACAAUAAAAGUGAGUGGAGUGAUUCAAGUCUAUUACAA